AUGGAGCCAAUGUCAUCAGAAGAUAAGACGCGUCAUGAGAACGGCACGAUCAAGAUGCUUAAGGGUGGCGAAGACUACCUAGGUGCUGGGCUCCGCCAGAUCCUCAAAGACCCUCAGAUUUCUACCGUCACGAAAUGUCUGUCCGCAUAUCUCGACUUGAUAGAAGAGGAAUCAGAAUUCAAGUGGAAGGAGAUCGAGAACACGAGCGACGUGUUCAAGCUUCUUCUUCCAGUUCUUCGACAAGCUCCGCAACUAGUCGAGCUCCGUAUCUGCGACUUCAAGCGCAUCGACCCCGUCACGAAGCUAGACCUACGCAAGAGCAAGUUCGACAAUAUCAAAGCUUUGAAGCUACAGGAUGUUGCAGAGGCCGCCCUGGUCAUAUCUGCGUGCCCGAAAUUGGAGACGUUGUCAUGCACCUACCCUACCGUGAACGUCAAGGCGACCAUGGAUACUAUUCUCGCCCACCCAACCAUAGUCAAUCUUGAGCUGCACUGCAAGGCUUGGACCGUUGAGCAGUUUUCGAAGGCCACCGAAUACGUGUCAUCAACCAUCGAGCACCUCAGCUUCGCUGGCGAAAUCAAAACUACGAUCACCGGUGGUCUGGUGCCGGCGCUGAAGACACUCGAAACAAGUAAUCUCAAGAAGCUCGAAGUCACCACCAAUCCCUGGGUCAACUACAAGUACUACGAGAAGCGCUGGGUUGAUGAUCGAUACCUGGACGCUAUCGACCUCGCCAAGGAACGAUCAAAGUUCAAUGAGAACGGCAUGAAGGUGACGACGGCACUCUUUGCUGCGUGCGAGAGCUUGCAGACCAUCAACCUGGCUCAUCACCAUGAAUUCAAGACAACCAAAUACACUGUCCGUCGUGAUGAUGGCAAGAUCAAAGUGACUUCCGAAGAUGAUGUCCAGAUGCCAGAGGAAUACAAGGUCUUCCAGACCUAUCUCGGUGAUAGGUGGCGACCUGUCGUCUGGCUACCGCACGAGUAG